AUGUGUGUAGUGAUUUGGUUGUUUUCAAUUUUGUGUCUCAGUCAAAAAUGUGUGGAAGGAGCAUUUAUUCAACAUGGUAUAAACAAAACAAUAGAACCAAGAGACAUAGAGGUCCCAGACAGUUUCUUAUUAAUGAUACAAGAGUUAAAAGAAAAUGCAUCUUUAGUUCGUUCACUACCUUUACCAAGACAGAAUCAAGGAAAUGUGAGUUCCACAAGCAGUUCAUCAAAUAAUAGACGAUGUGUAUGUCAAUUGGGAGUUUGUAAAUGCUGCACCGGUUACGUUUUGGAUUUGUUAAAUCAAAAAGCUUGUAUGCGAGUUACAUAUCACCCUGGAGAUUUUGCUUUCGAUGUGGCUAUGUCUUUAAAUAAUAGAGUACUCUAUGAGAAUUCUUUGUCAGGAAAAAACCCACGACCGAUUUGUAUUAGUCCACCCAGGAUAAAUAAUUUGAAAGUCUGCGCAAAAUUUUAUAAUGUAUUCUUCCCUGGAAGGAACCUUCACUUUUGUUUAGCGAUGAGUGGCACUUGGCGAUCACUUGAACUCUUUCAUUUCGCAUUUGAUUGCCUCCGGUUGGGUGCAAACGGCCUAGCUAUGGUAAAACCGCAAGACAAUGGCGGACUCCCUAUAGCAAAUCCUCAAGGAGGGGUGGAUGCAGUUGUCGAUACCGGAGAAGAUUACAUUGAAGAUUACGAUGAAAACGUCGUUAAAUCACUUUUUGGUGAUCUAUUUGAUCGUUAA